CCGCCGCCGCCGCUCUGCGCCCCCGGGCCGCCCGCCCUGUCCGCGGCCGCCAUGGGCUCCCUGCUCAGCCGGCGCAUCGCGGGCGUGGAGGACAUCGACAUCCAGGCCAACUCGGCCUACCGCUACCCGCCCAAGUCCGGAAACUACUUUGCAAGUCACUUCUUUAUGGGAGGUGAGAAGUUUGACACCCCUCACCCUGAGGGUUACCUUUUUGGUGAGAACAUGGACUUAAACUUCCUUGGGAAUAGACCAGUUCAGUUUCCCUACAUCACUCCAGCUCCACACGAGCCAGUGAAGACACUGAGGAGUUUGGUGAACAUCCGCAAGGAUUCUCUCCGACUUGUCAGGUACAAAGAUGAUGUUGACAGCCCCACUGAGGAGAAUGGGAAGCAGAAGGUGCUGUACAGCCUGGAGUUCACCUUUGAUGCAGAUGCCCGUGUUGCCAUCACAAUCUACUGCCAGGCCACAGAGGAGUUUGUUGGUGGCAUGGCCGUGGAUGGUGAGAGCAGCGAGUCAAUAUACAGCACAAAGAAUCCCUCUCUGCAGUCUGAGACAGUUCACUACAAGAGAGGGGUAAGCCAGCAAUUCUCCCUGCCUUCCUUCAAGAUUGAUUUCUCAGAGUGGAAGGAUGAUGAGCUGAACUUUGACUUGGACCGUGGCGUGUUCCCUGUGGUCAUCAGAGCAGUGGUGGAUGAAGGGGAUGUGGUGGUUGAGGUCACUGGUCAUGCCCAUGUUCUUCUGGCUGCAUUUGAAAAGCACGUUGAUGGCAGUUUUUCAGUGAAACCACUAAAACAGAAGCAGAUUGUUGACCGGGUGAGCUACCUGCUGCAGGAGAUCUAUGGCAUCGAGAACAAGAACAACCAGGAGACCAAGCCCUCAGACGACGAGAACAGCGACAACAGCAACGAGUGCGUGGUGUGCCUGUCGGACCUGCGGGACACCCUGAUCCUGCCCUGCCGCCACCUCUGCCUCUGCAACUCCUGCGCCGACACGCUGCGCUACCAGGCCAACAACUGCCCCAUCUGCAGGCUGCCUUUCCGUGCCCUGCUGCAGAUCCGGGCGGUGAGGAAGAAGCCGGGGGCUCUGUCACCAGUGUCCUUCAGCCCUGUCCUGGCACAGAGUGUGGACCAUGAUGAGCACUCUCACCCCUUUAAACCCCUUAAGGUGAGCUCUGUCUCCCUGCCCAGCAGGAAGCCUAGGAGGGAAGUGAGAACAAGCUCUGACAACAUCCCCGCAGGCUACGAGCCCAUCUCGCUGCUGGAGGCGCUCAACGGGCUGCGCUCAGUGUCGCCCUCGCUGCCCUCGGCGCCGCUCUACGACGAGAUCUCCUACUCGGGCGUGGUGGAUGGCGUGGCCCCGGCCAGCCGCCCCCUCGCGGCCAUGGACAGAGCCCUGGAGGCUGCCCACCAAAAGGGCAAGCGCAGCAAGUCCCCAGACAGCACACUACGGUCUCCCUCAUCCCCGAUCCACGAGGAGGAUGAGGAGAAGCUCUCCGAGGACUCUGACUCGCAGGCGGUGCUCAGCGGGGGCGAGCUGGUCCUGAGGGAAACCAGCUCCCCAGAGAGCGUGGCAGGGGAGGAGAUGGAGGAGGCCUCAUCGGUGCAGCAGGGGAGCCGCCCGCCCUCGGUGGAGGACGUGCUGCAGGACGGCGGCUGCGAGAGCCGGAGCCUGACGCGCUCCGAGAGCGAUGCCCCGGUCGAUGUGUUCCUGCCAGCACUUGGUCCUGAUUCCUGCUCUGUUGGUAUAGAGGAGUAAGCUGGCUCGUCCGACUUCACCAAGACGCUCCCCGUCCGCGGCACCGGCAGCCCCACGCAGCCCCUUCUCUUCGAGCAGACCCGUCUGCACCUGGAGGACGAGCAGAGCCUUUCGUGAGCGGGCCGGGCCCUGCCCCGGGUGCCGCCGGGCCCGCCGGGCGCUCCGGGACCGGCGCGGGGUGUCCGUGGCACGGACGCGCGUUCGGCACAGCCUGUGCAUGUUGGCUGGCGGUGGGUAGGGGCUGCUGUCGUGUUUGUCCGUGGGAGGUGUCCGUGGGGCCGGGGCGGGGAUUGGGGUCCGAGUCGCGGAUGAAGGACACUACGAUGUAUAUUUUGUACUUACCGAGCACAGCCCUUUGCUGUCACUGCCCUGUACAUAGCUGUGGCCCUCCCCGCCUUGCCGGGCCGCAGGGCUCCGCGGCACCGGGGGAGUGCGGGGUCAGCCCCGGCCCGGCCCGAGGCAGUCGCGGGGGGACGGGGGGUCAGUCCCGCCCCGGCCCGUUCGGGGUGACCCCCGCGCCCCCCGUUCCCGCAGAGCCCGGCGCUGCCCACGCCGUGUGCCUUGUUCUGCUUCUGCGGGGGGUCCCGGGGCGCGUCCCACCCCCCUCCCCGUCUAUGUUUGUAGUAAUAAACCCGUGGAGCAGC